AUUUUUCAUACAUCUUUCACUAAAGUUGCAAGUGGAACUAAGUAUUGGAUUUAUAAGGUCUGAACUACCGUCUGACUUUGUCUUGAGUGUUUGGAGAUGAACCUGCGGUGUGAAAAGACGCCCGUUAAAUAACCCGUGAUCGGAAAUUAUCGGCUGCAACGUCGGACGGAGUCUGGGAUUGUAAAACCUCACUGCUUGUUCGUAUGGGAACUAUGAUGAUUUUACUCAAUAUCCUAAGCGUCCUGUUUUUAUUGGAUGAGGUGGUACUUUCAAUGGCCAGCCAUUCUUCCCUGUCAGGGCUGGGAACGCACGGCUGGAGGGCUCCCAUGGACUGCCUGAGAGCCAGUGAGAUGUGCAACCAGAACUCGCAGUGCAGCUCACGCUUUCGCAUCAUGCGCCAGUGCCUGGUGGGUCGUGACAGGACUACCAUGCUGGCCAACAGGGAGUGUCAGGCUGCCCUUGAGGUGCUGCAGGACAGCCCGCUGUAUGACUGCCGCUGCAAGAGGGGCAUGAAGAGGGAGCUUCAGUGUCUACAGAGCUACUGGAGCAUCCACAUGGGGCUUAAUGAAGGAGAAGAAUUAUACGAGACCUCUCCAUAUGAACCAAUGCAUCUCUCUGAUGAGUUCCGACUUGCCUCCAUUAUUUCUGCCAUGGACUCGGCUUCUGCGAAAGGUUAUGUGUGUUCGGAUGUGGGGAAGCCUUGUAACCCCUGCCUGGAUGCGGCAAAGGCCUGCAAUCUAAACGACACCUGCAAGAGGCAACGCUCGAUGUACAUGGCCACCUGCAGUCGUGCAACUCCAAUACAGCAAGCUCAGGAACCCUGCAAUCGAAAACGCUGCCAUAAGGCCCUCCGACAGUUCUUCGACCGGGUUCAAACGGAGUUCAGCUACCCGCUGCUCUUCUGCUCAUGUCGGGACAAAGCGUGUGCUGAACGUCGGCGGCAAACCAUCAUGCCUGGCUGCUCAUUUGAGGAUAAGACGAAACCCAACUGCCUUGAGCUAAGGAGGACCUGCCGCUCUGAUCCGCUCUGCAGAUCCAGACUGGCAGACUUCCACAUGAAUUGCCAGACGACACCGCAUUCAAUAACAAGCUGUCCUAAUGAUAACUACCAUGGUUGUCUGGUGUCCUACGUUGGACUCAUUGGAUCAGAUGUGACUCCUAACUAUGUGGAUGCCAGCCACACCAACAUAACCAUUUCCCCAUGGUGUGGUUGUCGAGGCAGUGGAAGUCAUGAAGCCGAGUGUGAGGCUUUCCUACGGGACUUCAGGGAGAACACAUGUCUGAGAAAUGCGAUCCAGGCAUUUGGUUACAGUGCGGAUGCCGGACUAAUUCCCAUAACCGAGUCGCAGUCCGCUGUGCCAUCGGUACGGACAAACCUGCAACCGGCUAUCAUCACCAAACACGUCAUCUCAAAUGACGUCAAGCCAAUAGACAGUGCAUGUGUUUUCUCCACAUGCGCUAACCUUCAGGACAGUGAGCAGAAAUGUUCUCCCUCCAGCAGUUUUGAAUGUGCUGAUGAGAAUGUGCUGAACCCCAAUAUGGAGGGAUCCAUCGACUCAAUAGGGUCACACCAGACAGACAACAACAGAGCCAGACAUUCAGCUGUGACUUCAAUCAGCGUUUCUGUCAGCACACUGACGUUGGCCUGUGCGCUGGUCAAUCAGCUUCUGUAAACACAGCUUGACUCUACAACUACAGGAACAAUCUGAUGGAUCUUCUGACCUCAAUCAAAGAACUUCUCCAAACUGACAUUUAUCUCUUUCUCUAAGUGUGUGUGUGUGUGUAUGUACGUGCGUAUCACACGCCAUCUUUAAGAAAAAAACAACAAAAUCCUUACAAGGAGUCUUGAAAGAACACUGCCCCAUCAGAGAGCGAGAGACAGAGAUGGAGGAAGCCACCAGUAGAUUUAAAAAUGAUGUGGAUGUUGUGAAGCUGAUGGCAAAAUGCUGAGCUGUGAACUUUUACAAACUCUGUGGAUUUCUUUUGCGAGGACGACAAUACAGCCAUCACUUGAAAAGGAGCCAGGUGAUCCUUUGACUGCUUUAUGCUAAACUUUCUAUGUAUAUUUACUGUACAUUGAGAUCUGAUAUAGAGUAACCAUUAACCCCCCCCCAAAAAAAAAUUUACAAUCGUCACUAUUCACUAAUGCCCACUGCCUUGAUAAUACGAAAACAUUACGUAAAUGUUUCUUUAGUUAAAGAAAAAUAUUAAUGGAUUCUUGGUCCACGUGUGCCGUUUUUAAUUCCUAUAAAUCAACAGAUUGGACAUUGGACAGACCUGAUUGAAGUGCACCGCCCUGUGUACAAUGUGUAAAUGAAAUUUAUCCGUUUCUUUGAGAAAACGUUGAGCUUUUUUGUCCGUCAUAUCUCGAAAAAAGCCAAGCAUGUGGAAAGCAGGAGACCUGUGGAACUGCAAAAAAAAGGAAAGCCAUGUGAAACGGAUCACCUUGGAGAGCCGUCAGUGCCAAUGCUGUUCAUCGUAGGCAGUUAUUAUGUGUAAUCAUUUCUUUCUUGCCAAAAGACUUGGAUUAUAUUCAAAGAAAAGUGCUCCAGGGAGAGCAGAACAACAAAUCUAUUUGCAGAAAGGGUCAAUUGUCGAUGUAUUUUAUAGUGUGCAAUCUAUCGUGUGGCCUUACUUUUUGUCUUUGCUCUGUUCCACUCUCUUGUGCAAUGGUUUCAGACCGUACCACUUGCAGAGUAUCGCCAAAACCGGCUGAGAUGAUUUGAGGUGUUCGUAAAUAGCAGCUCCUAGAACUCAAAAACAUCUUGGUUUAUUUGUGAUGCUUUAAAAUGAGGCGAGACAAAAGCUCAAGAAUGUGUCGGAAAUAUUUGUUUCAAUCUGAAUAAAAACACCAUAGUAAUGUCCACACGAUGUCGUGCUGUCAGCAGCAUCUUUUUUUGUAAAAUAUGUUGGUUUUAUUCAACCCAGUUUUGCGUCAAAAAGGGACAAACCCAACCAUUUGGGUUGUAUUUUAACCUAUGCUGGGUUGUUUUAACCCAUUGUUAGGUCAAAUAUAAACAUUUCUGGAUUAAUUUACCAUAAUGGCUGGGUUUGCCUCUUUGUUUGACCCGAUGCUAGCAUUUUUUGGAGUGCAAUCAAAAAAGCUGGAGGCACAGCUGAUUGGUUUGCACGUUUAGUACAUUUACAUAUACGCAUCAUGCAUAUGCUUUUACCCAAAGCAACUUACAAUGCUUUCAGUGCAUAUGUUUUAUCAGUAUGUGUGUUCCCUGUUUAGCGAGUCUGGUUUAUCAUUUGCAGAUCAGGCAGGUAACAACCCUACAAUCACAAUAUGGCUUCAGGGCAAUGGUGUACUGAAAAAACACAGCAAUUUAUGCCGUGUUCGUAAUUGUAUUUCUUUCAGACGGUUUCAAUAAAGUGGCUGGAGGUGCUGUGUAGCUUGUCAAAAAUA